AUGACUCGUCGCGCAAACAACAAAAAGAAGAAUGCAAAAGCAACGGCUCAGGCCAGAAGAGUCGAUGGGCAGUUGGCGAACCGACCAGCAGGUGCUGCAGCAUUCGCCGAGCAUCAACUCGAGACACGUUUCGUCACUGCUGUCCGUAUGGGUCAUCGCGAGCUGGCAUCCGCUCUUGCUCAAGGACCUGUGAGCAACAACUGCAAUGAUCUCCAUCGUAUCACGCUGAAAGACCAAAAACUUCCUGCCAAAAUUCUUCCGGUCUCUGUUGCUAAAAAAUGUUUUAUGAACAAAAACAUCACUCCUCUACACACCGCGGCCAUCUCUAACUCAACCCACAUGCUUGAAUCAAUGAGAGCUGUCUAUCCAACAAUCAACAUUCCGGAUCAGGACAACUGGUACACUAUUCAUUACGCCGCGUGUGCUCCUGGAAGCGCUCCUGUCGAAUACUUGCUGAAAAACGGAGGAUCAGUGAGCAUGCUGACGAAGCAGACCGAGACACCGCUACACUGCGCUGCUCGCGCUGGACGUGCUGCCAACUGCACGUUUUUGAUGAAGGAAAUGUUGGAAUUGGAGAAAGGCGACGAUGGAGAGAGCACUAUCAGAUCUGAUAGAUCUAUUGUAAACGCUAGAAAUCGAUCUGGAAAUUCUGCGCUUCAUUUGGCAGUGAGCAACAAUCAACUGGAUGCUGUGGAUGCUCUAUUGGCAGAGCCAACUAUCCUGGUGGAUCUUCCAUCUUCCACUGGAUCCAAUCGAGUAACUCCCUUGAUGCUUGCCUGUGCCAAAGGUCAUCUGGAAAUGGCGAAGAAGUUGUUUGACAAAGGAGCGCUUGUAGAGGCUAAGGAUAAGAAGAAGCGCACUCCUCUUAUUCAUGCGAUGCUCAAUGGACAAAUGCACACUGCCGCAUUCCUUCUUGCCAAGGGAGCAAAUUUGUUCCUCGCUGAUUCUUCUGGGAAUACUGCUGCUCACUACGCCGCUGGCUACGGAUUCUUGGACUGCUUGAAACUGUUGGCAUCGAUCGAUGAUGAAAUUCUUGCUACUCCAAAUGAUUGGCAACUUUACCCAUUGUCGAUUGCUUACCUCAAAGGACAUUAUGGAAUUGUUUCGUGGCUUUUGGAGGGUCCAAGCAAGGAUAAAGCGAAUAUCAAUGCCAAAGACAACAAUGGAGCAACCCUUCUGGCUAAUCUCUUGUCCUACGCCGAUGAAGAUAUGCAUAAGGAUUUGGCAUCGCAAAUUGAGUAUCUGGUCGCCAGAGGAGCCGACUCAAGUAUUCCAGACAGCACUGGACAGACUCCUCUUCACCUUUUCGCUCAACAACGUGUGAUUCUUAAAGGAUCGGGUGAAACCCCAGAGAAAGAUGCUACCCGAAUGACACAUGCCGAUUACAAGAAAUGCUACCAAAUUCUCAUCGGUUCGGGUUCCAAAGUUGACGCCUACGAUCAUCAAGACAACACUCCGCUUCAUAUUGCUCUUGCUAAUGGAAACUUGAUGCUCUUCACAAUGAUGCUCGAGAAGGUUCAAGAUAAACGAAGGCUUUUCGAGAAAUGGGCCAACCAUCAAAACUUCCUGCACGAGAUUCUUGCUCUUCCAAUGAAAGUCUACGGAGAUCAAGUUCUUUGGAAGGGAGAGACAUUGAAGAAGCCAGCUUAUGAUGUGCUAUCGAUUCUGAAAGAUCUUCAUGACACACUUCCGGAUCUGUUUGUUAAAUGGAUUGAUGAAACCAACAAGGCUGGAUAUUCGCCAAUUGUGGAGGCAGUCAAAAAGUAUCAGGCGCUGUCGCCGAAUAAGCAGUUGAGAGGAGAAGCUAACCAGGUUGGUAAUGUGCCAAUUGCACAAAGCCAACGUAGAUUUGGUCAUGUGAUGAAUGCAAAACAGGCUCCACAUAUUGACUCGUAUGAGCUUAAGACUUUCCUCGCCACAGUCAACGAGCUUUUUGAAUGGAUCAUCCGUCUCGGACCAUUCCAGCUGACUCAAAGAUACAUGGAAUCGGAGCACGCUGCCGCUGUGACUCUUGCCAAGCUGGCUAUGAGUAUUCCAUUGGAAGAUGGAAGGCACCAGGAAAACCAUCUGGCUCUCUUCAAGAUUCUCAUAAAACUCAGCAAAGAAUUCAACAACAUUGAGCAGUUUUUGACACAGAAAAAUGAGAAGGAUGACUUUUUGAUUCUCGAGGCUAUUCAAUUUGAUAAGCCACGCGUCGUUGAGCUGAUGUUGGAUACCGCUACAGAAAUGCAUUUGGUCAAUGGAAUCCACAAUGCGAUCCGUGAAAAGGAGAAUGAGGAGAAUGUCAACAAGACAAUCAUCAUGUAUCUGAUUGAGAUGAGAAUGUGGGAUUUGAUUCCGAAGUUGAAUGCGACAAAUGACUUUUGGAGAAAAAAGGAUUCCAAAGAAAAUAGCAUCUGGCACUACGCUGCUCGCAUCAACAGUCACAAGACAGUUUCGUUGUUCAAAAUGAUUGAGGCUAAAGGAGUUCCAAGAGAGAAUAACAAUGAUGGAAAAUCAGUUCUCCACGUUGCAACUUUAGCUUGUGAUGGAUCAGCCAACUCUGUCUUGGAACCAAUCGCCUGGCUAUCCACCCGUUGUCCAAUCGAGGCAGUCGACAAGUACAAUCGAACUGCUCUUCAUUAUGCAUUCGGAAAUGAGAACGAUUUUAAGGAUGGAAAUGUUCCGUUUGGGGAAAGUGACCCAAUCGCUGUAGUCUCCCUGCUCUCUUCUCUUGUUCGUCCGGAUCAGAUUGAGAUUGCUGAUUGCAAUGGAAACACUAUCCUACAUCUGGCUGCUCUCAAAAAUUCCACAAUUUGCCUGAUGACAUUAAUCCGCAAAAAGUGCCACGUGGAUUUGAAGAACAACGAUGGGAACACCCCUCUUGCUCUUGCAGUCUAUCAUGGAAGACAGUCUUCAGCACUGACUCUUAUCCAAGCUAACGCCGAUGUCACAGAAAAGAUCUUCAUCAAAGCAGUCAAGCCAGCAUUUGAUCAGAAUAACGAACGCUCAAAGGAUAAGAAGAAUUACUGGAAGUGGCAUGGAAAGGCGAAGAAGAUCGAGGAGGACACAAUCACCACUAUUCCAGCUACUGUAGUCAGCAAAGGAGGAAGUUGGGAAGCGAUGGUUUACGUGUUGUUAGAUGUUCUUGGACAGAAUACCAACUCGAUGGCUCAACUGACUGAUGCUGCUCUGAGACGUGGCCAGUUGAAUUUGGCGAAUCAACUUUUGAAAUCCGUGGAGGCUCUUUUAGACGGUGCUGUCUUGAAUUCAAACUAUGAUCUUCUGAACACCUUUGCUGAAAAAUGCUUCGGAGCACUCAAUUCUGAAGAGACAAUCGAGAAAACUGUCUUGAACAGAGUUCUGGCGACACGUGGACUCGGACUCAACCAGCCUGAAACUUUUAAGAUCAUCCGAACUGCACUGGAGCAUGGAAACUGGAAUGUUCUGAAUUUUUUGAAGAAUGAGAUGGGAGUCGUGGCAUGGAGAAAUCAGAAGACCGAAGGACCAUCUGAAAGCCCAAUUCGCUCUCUGGUUCUAUAUAUGAAUGAGAAGUCGAUUUCAGCAGAAGCUGUUAGUUUCCUAGAUGAGAUCAGUCACAUCACUGGAUGCAAUAUCGACGCACUCAGUACUUUAGAGCCUCCAGCGAAAUUCAAAAAUCUUCUGGAAUUCGGACUUCUUCCUCCAAUCUCGUUCGCCGUUCUUCAAGAGAAUGCAGAUCUCGUCAGAGCGCUGAGAACCGCUGGCGCUAGCCUGAAAACUGCUGAUGAGCAUGGAAGAACUCCUUUGAUGUAUGCACUCAUGACCAACAAUCGAUCUGUCAUUGACGCCGUUAUCGGAGAUGGAAAGUUGGCAGUUGUCCUUCCAAAACAAGCACCAAUCGUUUCUAGUGGGCCACGAUGUGUGGCAGUUCCGAUGCGUUUUGGGCUUGCCGCUAAUCGAAAGUUCUUGCCAACCAGUGCUUUCAGCAUGCCAGCAGCUCCACCACCACCAGAAAGUGAUUCAGAGGAAUCUGAAGAAUCGGAAAAGGAGGAUGAUGAAGAAGAAGAGAGAUCUGAGCAUGGAUCUGAAGAUAAUGAAUCAGGAGAAGAGGAAGAUGAGGCACCACCAGCCAAGAAAGCCAAAAAGGAAGCCGCCCCACCAUCCGGACCAAAUCGAAAGAAGCUGACUAUCACUGAUGCAUCGCUUUUUGCGGCUCGUGACAAAAAGGGAUACAAUGCUCUUCACUAUCUCAUCGUACCACUUGCAUGGGAAAACGUCGAACUUCUUGGAGACCUUGCCGCUUUGAACAAAAAAGCAAUCGUGGACUGUUUAAUCGAUAAAUUCAACCCGAAUCCAAUCGAAUUAGCAGCACAGAAAAUGAAUCGAAGAAUGAAGAAUGAGAUGUUGAAAAUUGUCAAAUCAACUGCUCUGCCAAGACCAAUCAAAGAAACAAAACUGACACUCCGCCCUGUCAAUAUCGAACCACUGAGCAAUGUCGAUGAGGAUGCCGCACAGUUCCUUGCCAAGUGGUCAGCCGAAAAAGAUAAGAAGCAAGCUGCCGAGGCUCCGAAGCCACAUCAAAGUUCCACUUAUGCCACAAGCGGUACUGUCAGCUUUUGCGAUGAGACUCAACAAUAUUUCAACGUCCUGAUGAACAAGACUGACCUCAACUACGGACGCUAUGGAUUCCACAAUUUCUACCGUAUGCAAAUUAUCAAGAGAAGAGACGCCGAUUUGUACAUUCUAUUCACAAACUGGGGAAGAAUUGGAAUGGGAAUGGGAGAGUUCCAAACGACUCCAUUCAGUAGUUUGGAGCUUGCUGCCAAAGAGUUCAAAUCCAUCUUCAAAUCAAAGCUGGAAAUGAGUGGUGAAAUGCCGAAGAAAUAUCGUCUCGUCGAGACCGACAACACUCCAACCAACCUCUCGGAAAUCGAAUUGUCAUGGAAGAAGAAUACUGAGAAAGAUACGAUUCGCAAAAUGAUUGCAGAUAUCAGUGAUGCCAAGACACUCAAACAAUAUGCUCGACAGGUUCAGAUGUAUGGAGUCAGUCAGCCAUUUGGAAGAUUCACAAAGGAGAAUAUCGAGAAGGCAAAGCUGGUGUUGGAUAAGCUGGAAAAGAAUGCAAAGAGAAUUAAGGAAAUGUCAGAGGCAACUACUGUGUUGUCAGAGUCAAAUCUGUUGGAUGCUUUUAUUACAACGAGCGAGCUCUCCAGCGAGUACUACAAUUUGAUUCCAUCUGGCGAUUUUGAAUACAGUAACCUAACACGCCUUGAUACAAUCGAGGAAAUUUCCCGCCACCGUGCUCGUCUAAACCGUGCUCAAGAAGUCGAGACUGCUACUCGCCUCCUCUGUGGAGCAGAAUUCCGUCAUGACCUUGACCGUGUCGACUACAUCCGAAGCGCAAUGCAAUGCGAAUUCCGUAUGGAGACUCCAGACUCGGACAUCAGUCAACGCAUUUUGCAAUGGAUCUCCACCCGGGUGGAAACAGAACAAAGUUCAAAUGAUUUGGAGAUCUCGCCGAAAGAAUCAACUCAGAAGUUUGAGCCAUUCCUCAACGACAGUAAUCAAAAGUUCUUGUGGCACGGAACAAAGGCAACGAAUUUGAUGAGUAUUUUGAAGAAUGGUUUUUUGGUCGAUCCACCAAGUGCGUGCCGUAACGGAAGUCUCUUUGGAUCGGGUAUCUAUCUAGCUGAUAGCUUCGAGAAGAGCACCCACUACUGUCAACCAUCUGUCGGUGGUGUCAAUUAUAUGCUGAUUUGUCAGACGGCGCUGGGCAAAGAACGAGAAAUGCAUUCUCUUCCAUAUCGCUUCAUGAAUCAGUCGCCCUCGGAGGCUGAGAAGGGCGAAGACACUCUUCAUUACAUCGGAGACAGCUUCCCAGCUGGAAGUCUCACCAAUGACGGCGUCGGAAUGCCACUUCUUCCACUCCGCCAACGAGAUCCAAACUCUGGAGAUGGACAGUAUGGAUUCCAAACUCUCAGCUUCUCGGAAUACAUUGUUCGCAAUCCGCAUCGUGUGCUCCCCAAGUAUAUUGUCAUUUAUGAGUAA